UUGAGUUAAAAGGAAAUUUUCCUUUUUCAAUUUCUCUUUUCCGUUAACUCAAUUGACUACUUUAUAUAGCUCUCUCUCUCUCUCUCUCUCUCAAACCUCACCAGAUUAAUCGAAACCCUAAACACAACAAAUAUCGAAAAACUUUUUUUUUCUUCUCAGGAAACAAAUCAUGGAUUUCUGUUCCCACGAUAUCGUAGACAACUUGAUCAAUGUCAAUCGGAUCUACAACGACGACGGAGAUCUCCGCAAACACGAAAAGUUCUUUUUCGAUUUCCAAGUGGACUACACUCGUGGAGAAGAAGACGAAGAAGAUCUUAACAAUCUCGAAACUAGAACCGUUGUUCAAACUCACGAGUUUGAUCGUGAAUGGUUGUUCGGUGGAGAUCGUAAUCGGAUCCUAGCCUUCGUCUAUCACAUUCUUGAUUUGCUCCAAGUCCCUUGUGAUCGCGAGAUCGUUACCACGCUAACUGAGAAUAUCUCCGAGUUGAAGACGCGUGAGGAUAUCUCUGAGUUACCUCACGUGGACAGGCUACAAGUAUCGAUGUCUGUUGUCGUGCCGACGUUUCCUGGUGAAGAGGAGGAGGAUGAUGUCGUGGCUGUGAAUUUUGCGGUGGCUCCAGCGAGCGAUGAGGCGGUGGAGAUACACUUGGAUACGGUGGUUGUUGAUGAGAACGGAGGUUAUUGUGUGAUAUGCAUGGAUAAGAUCCGGGUUGGGUCCGAUGAGGAAGCGGGUCGAAUGCCGUGUUCGCACGUUUUUCAUCGCACGUGUGGAGAGGAGUGGCUUAGGGUUAGUGGGAUUUGUCCGGUGUGUCGUGCCGUGUUUCCCUCAUAAACGGUUAAACCCUAAAAGCCUAUCUCUCUCUGAUCAGCCUUCUGUGUUAGUUUCGUUUAUCAUGUUUGAUUUUUGUAGGUUGUUUAUAUUAAUUACCUAUUGUGUUCGACAUGACCUAUCAAUUUAGUUUUAAUUCAUGAUUUUCCCUUUCUCUGUAUCAGUGUAUGAAUGUUCAAGAAAGUAUGCUUUAACCUAGUUCGUUGCUAUUUUUGUUCGUUCAUCUAUUUCUUGCUUUUUGAUUACAAAUAAUCCAUAUAAACGUUGUAUUUUUACUUUUUGGUAUUCGGAUGUAAUUUACAAUUCAAUUUUUGAGUUUCUUUGUUAGGUCCCAAAAACAACAAGAACAUAAUUUGUUCAAAAGAACUACCUUUGUUUUUUUGGUUUUUCAUGUCUUCAAAUAGAUGAGAUGUACUAAUUCUACGAACUUGGGAAACAAAUAAACAAAGUGCUAAAACAAACGUGAGUCCCACUAGUAUAUCCUUCAAACUAGGAAGUGGGAGUGCGUUUAAUUAUUUUAUUUGCAAAAAUUGAAAUAAAAGGAAAUAGACCAAGUCAAAACGACUCAACCAAGAUAGUCUUGUGUAGUUGACCACCGGUUGUAGCUUAUCAAUCAGUUAACGGGAACAAAUUAACCGGCGAGGACUAGCUCUAAGAUGGAGAGGGAGAUAUGAGAUUGUUUCCCAUUGUUCAAGUUUUCUAUUUUCUAACUAAGCGACAAGUUUUCCAUGGAACCAAACCACAAAUAGAAAUUUGCCUUAGAAAAUAGUGUUUUGUGUUCUUAAGCUUUGGGACCUAACAUUGUUCUGCUCUUACGAAAUUUAAGUAAUCAAAAGAAAAGCAGAAGAAUGUACAAGUUUGCCAAAUUUUAAGAAAAUUUGAAGGUGACCAGCAAUGCUAAAUCCUAAAGCAAGAAGACUUGAAAAGAAAACUCAUAAAUCCCCGUUUGGUCUGAUAGUGUUGUGGUCUGGCCUCUUCACUACACACUAGUGAUGACCUUGUAUGCAUAAUAUAGCAAACUACCUCAAAAAUAUUGAUGUGAAACACGCUAUCAUUGGUAGGGAUAUCCGAUAAAAAGAAAAGGAUCAGAUAAGAUUCAUACGUUCAACAGUACAUAACAACAAAGCUACACUCUCACCACGUCAUUGUACGAAUAUAAAACCAAAGGGGUAAAAAA